CUCUUUCAUCAGUUCUCUCCAUAUAACGAGCCACGAGCCACGACCACGUCCCAGAGGGAUACUCACCAUGAACGCCCACUCCCCGCCCCUCCCCAAUCUCCACGCCCUCUCCAUCGACACCCCCCACGGCCCAGGCGGCUACAACCACCCCCCCCAGAACAACUACCGCUACAAUGGCGUAUUCGGUCCCCCCGCAGGCAUGCCCCAGCCAGCAGGCAGCCCAGACUGGUCCUCGGGUGGCAAACGCAGCUCCCGAUCCGGCCUGCCUACUAAUUGGUAUGACCCGAACGAGUACAGGCCUGCAUCCCCCCCCGCGACCCUCUCCCCUCCGUCCUCUGUACCCACCACCGCCUCGUCCAACCACCACCAGGCCUCGGCCUACCCCUACCAUCCCCAGCCGUCCUACCCCGACGGCUCAUUCGGGAUGCCCCUCGGCAUGGUCGACACGCCCUCCCCACCCCCGAUGGGCUAUCCCCCGAUGGGCUUCAACGGCGGCUACCCCGUAGACCAGAGACGCGCACAGCAGCAGCAGGCACAGGGCCAGGCGAACGGAUGGCGGAACGGCUAUGCGAUGCCUGCGAUCCCUCAUCAAGACGACGACGUGAUCCCCACCGCCAUCGUCAUUAAAAACAUUCCCUUUGCCGUCACACGUGAGACCCUGCUGGGCGUGAUGGAGUCGCUCGGCGCGCCUCUGCCUUAUGCGUUCAACUAUCACCAUGAUAAUGGCGUAUUCCGCGGUCUGGCGUUUGCAAACUUUAGGGCACCCGAGGAGGCCGCGAGUGUCGUCGCCGCGCUGAACGGCUACGACGUCCAGGGGAGAAAGCUGCGCGUCGAGUAUAAAAAAGUGCUGCAGCCGGGAGAAAAGGACAAGAUUGAGAGGGAAAAGGCGUUGAAGAGGAUGCGGUCGCUGCAGUUUGAUAGGGAAAAGAUGCCGCCGCCUCUCAACCUGCCUAUCCGUCAUCAGCAGGUGCCCCCCAUUCCGUAUGACCAGUCGCCACCCCACUCCGCGUCAGCGGCGUCGACUUCAUCUGCCGACAAUCUCCCCCCGCUCGAUAUGAAUGACCCCGCGACGCUCGACAUCUACUCUCGCGUCUUGGUUUUCAAAGAGGAUAGGAUGCGGGAUGAGCUGGCGUUUUCCAAAAACUUGACCCCGCAGGAGAGGAGGAUUGUGCAUUCCGUCGCACAGCGACUCGGCCUCUCGAGCCGUACGCGAGGCGAAGACGACCAAACCGUCGUAGUCAGCCGCGAACCCCAGCCCCGGCCGCAACUCCACUCCUCCACAUCCCUCCAAAACAACUACUACGACCCUUCUCCCCAGUCCUCCGCACCCGAAGUCUCGCCGAACCUCCGGUACAAAAAGUCCAUGCCGGAUCUGCGCGGUUUCAAUGGUCCUGUCGUGUCGCGCGACCCGUCGCGGAGUUUGACGCCGCAGAGGAGUUCGGGCAAUUUCCGCGAGACGGGGCGCGAGUAUGCGUCGAUGGGCGCUGUGGGUGGUCGUCAGGCGAGUCGUCAGCAGCCGUCCAACCCUCAAUACGGCGGUGCAUUCAACGGCCUGUUUGGCAAUCCUAUCGAUAUCCCCCCUGUGCCGCCUCUUCCUUCUGGGAUGGUGGGCAUGCACAACAAGGGCCACUCUGUCUCGAGUAUCAGCGGGGUAAGCGGCCAGCCGUAUCACUCCCACUCCCACUCGUUCUCGCAGCAAUCCAACCAAGCAUUCUCCUCACACCACUCUAACGGCCGCGCCUCGCCUGAAGACUUGCUCUCCCCCAUCUCGUCCUCUUCCCUCUCCCACGCUCAGUCCCUGCCGAACAAUAAUAAUGCGACGCAACCGCUGCGGAACCCCCGCGGACCGGCGGGCGAGUCCCGAGGGUUCUCCCAGACUCUGAGGCCGGUAGCGAGCAGGGGCAUGAUGGGCCCGCCUCAUCUGCCCCAUUCCUCCGGCAGCGCAGGCAGCAGCAGCAACAGUGCCAGCGCCUCCGCCGCCGGCGCCGGCCUGUCUUCUUCUCUCCCCCGGGAUCUGGGGCGGGAAGCGGCGGGCACGAUCGGCGAAGGGCCGGGGAGUGUGAGUAGUGGAAGGGAUAGUGGGAGUGUGAAGAGUGGGAGUGGGGAUGAGGGGAUCAUGAGGACGAGGGAGAGUUUAGAAAUCUAAAGGAGGGGUGUCCUUUCGGAUAUAGAGUAGUUGUUUGGGGGAAAAAACCUUUGCUUUUCCCUUUCUGGCAUGACGUAUCGUAACGAGCACGACCUACAAUUUUUUUCAACAAACGACCUCUCAUCCCUAAUUUACCUUGCUCUCUCUACAAAUACGACUGUAACACUUUUUUCUGAACGCGUAAUUUGUGUGCCAUGACUCUCAAAAAAACUCGCUCGAGGUUUUAACGUCCAUGCCCCCCUUCUUCUUUCUUUCAGAAGAUCUUUUCUUUCACUCUCUUUUCAUGUCCUUUUAUGCUUUAUGCCCUCUAACUAAAAGCUUCUUAUGACAACGAUCAACUUUCUUGAUAUUUCUUUCUAACGUCUUUCUCUCUCUCUUUCUCUCUCUCGCUUCAUUUGCCCGUUGACUAUCUUCUUCUCGUUGGGGGGGGGGGGAUAGUUGAUUGUUUAUGCCGCACUUCAUUUCAAUACGAGUACAACAUCCAUAUACCUUCGUUCAUUCAUUCGAUUCAUUUAUCACACAACCAAAAACCCAUCAUGUUCUCCGCCUUUCUUUUUGCAAUAAGAAAUAUUCAUGAAUCCAAAAUUUUAUCAGAACUCAGUCGUAUACAGCUCGUACAGUGCAUGAAGAUGAUGCAAUGCAAAACACCGACCAGAAGUAUGCUGCGCUUGUUCACG